GAAAGCACUCGCGAGCUCCGAUGCGUGGAUGGGGCGGGGGAGUCGCCGAAUCAUUUCUCUCCUUGGGGCUUAGCGCCGCCCCUUGGAACUGGAGAUGCAGUGUCUCUGAGCAUACGUCGAAUGCCCUUUUUGAAAAAGACAACCCGUGUCUUUAGCUUGGUGAAGUGCGCCGCUCUUCCAUUGGGAGAGAGGCGUAAGGUCUGAAUCCGAGGCGCCUGGUUUUUGCAAGGCAGUUAAGUACCUUGGUUCCGUGAGUGGCUUAAUUGCAGCCAGGGACUUGUGCGCAGGACUGGCUUUAAGACUGCGCUUAACUUCUGUACCGAAAUCCUUAACUUCGUUUGACUCACUCUCAUGGUUAACAUUUGGAAGUUUGGGGCUUUCAUGAAGACUUUCCUCUCUGGGAAAUCACAGGAAUUAAAACCAACUUUGUGUUUUGCUUUUAAUUCCCCUGGUGGAAAGGCCUUUUAAAAAACCUUCCUGCCCAUUCUUGCAAUACCUUGGAGGCAUAAUAAAAGCCAUGGAGGAAGCCAGCACUGUGGAAGAAGGGGAAGUGACCUCAGGAAUGCAGUCCUUGGCAGUGGAAGAUGGGCCUGCUCCAGAUUUAGCUUCUGCCACUGAGGAACAAGAUGACACUCCCAGAGAAACAGAGGGAGAAUUAUCAGGGAAGGGUGAUGAAUCUGCCGAAGAGGAUUGGUGUGUCCCCUGCAGUGAUGAGGAGCUGGAUUCCCCAGAUGACUGGAUGCCUGCACCCAAGGAGAUCCGCCGUUUAUAUGAGCUCAUUGCCACACAAGGGACUCUGGAAAUUCAGGCUGAAAUCCUCCCUCGGCGCAACCCGACUCCAGAGCCUGACAGUGAAGAUGAGGAUAAGUCUGAAGGACAAUCUGAACAUCAGGAAGAAGAGGAGGAGGAGAAGCCUCAUGUGCCUACUGAGUUUGACUUCGAUGAUGAGCCUGCUUCACCCAAAAGCUCUUUGAUUGAUCGACGGAGAACUCCUGGGACAUUAGCUAAGAGUCAGAAAAGGGAAGCCCGUCUGGACAAGGUACUGUCAGACAUGAAGCGCCAUAAAGUGCUGGAGGAGCAGAUUAUGAAGACUGGCUGUGACCUGUUUGACCUCGAUUCAGAUGAUGUACCCACUCCAAAACGACCAUCUGGUCUCUUCCUUCGUCAGCGCAAAUACUAAUGAUAAUGAAGAAGAUAAUCCCAGAGAAGAGGGUGGAGUGGACCCGUGGGACCUUGGGCUCAAAUACAAAGGGAAGGAACUCCUGCACGAACUCACCGGGUCUGUCAGUACCUUGGGCUUUGACUCUGGUCCUGCAUGGGCUGCAGAAGGUACUUGCUUUCAAGUUUCUGGGUGUAACAGAACUCUCUGAGUUUGCUUUUAAUUUGAUUUCUGUGAACUAUUAUUAAACUAACGGAAAGAGUUGCAAAUUAGGAGGAGAGGAGCAGUUGUUGAGGACCUACAAUUUCACUUGCCAUAUAUGCCAUGCCAAGCAUCCUAUUUUGUCUGCUAACCCCCAACCUUUUUGUGAUUGUGGAGUUGAUGAAGGGAUGGGGUUCCUUGUCACAAACAUCCUGUGCUUUGAAAGGGCAGUGCAACCACUGGAAUGAUCUCUUGCCAACCCCAAACGUGCAAGUGGCAAAAAGAGCAGGGCAUUGUUCCUCACCUUGUGUGAAUGAAAAGUGUAACUACCCUACCUAGAGUUGGCAGGCCUUGAUAUCAGAAAUCUUAAAUGUUUGAUCCACAUUUGAUCAAAAUGUUAUGCACUCUAUCCAAAAAUCCAAGACUGUAUGUUUACAUUUACAUGCAUAGAUGGAAAUUGUUGCUCUCGUCUCCUGUACUAGGUAAAGGAGAGGACACAGUGAGUCUUUUCUUCUGCUCUUGGGAACGUGAUGUGCAGAAAAACAGAAAACUGUAUUUAGCAUUCCUGCUGGGCAUAAUCAGACUUGGACAAAUAAAAACAAAUCUGGCAAAUAAACUUAGCAGAUUCAACUUCAAAAAUUUGGGAUGCUUUUUGUGUGUGUGUGUGCACUUUGUGCUUUUAGCAGACUAUCCUAGUAUAUUUUUUAAUUAUUCUCUAAAGGAUAAUAAGAUUCCUCUGCCAAAGUUAAAAAAAAAACUAUCAGAGCUGGUUUGGAAAUCUAAGAACAAGUGUAAGAGGUGCACAACAGUGAAUCACACAGUGUGUGUCAAGGUUUCCUCUGUGGGGAAGCCAGUAAAACAAAAAGUGUACAGGAAACUGGUCAGGGAAAAAAUGAAAAAAGACUUUUUUUAAAAGACUAGAAGCCUUGUAUGGACUUUUUGCUGAAAGAAGAAAAGACUGA